UCUGCGCGGCGACGCUACAAUGACUAGCCGCCGCAAUGACAUCCAAACGUACCCGGAGUGCUCCCUGGCUUCGAAACAAGAUAGUGGUAUCCCGAUAAAACACAUUAUAUUUACGGAUAACAAAAGGACAACGAAGCACGGGUGCCCUUCCUGCGGCCUACGUGGGACGGCUGAAAGAAACGGGGUGGGAAGUUUCACGUGGCCUACUUUUCCACCUGCCGCUGUUCUCGUCCCACACAAAGGAUGCAACAUUCCGUCAUUCUCCACGCCGAGCGCAUAAGACGAGAUCUCAAAACCGGCUGCUGAGCAGAAGCCUCCUCACAUGCCACACACCUGCUCGCAGCAGCUGUCUCAGUCACACAAGAACAUAAAAGAUCACUUCGUACAUAAAGUGAGGAUGAAGACAGCUGCAGUAGCUGUUCUAGGUCUGCUUGGUGCAUUAUGUCUAUGCGUUAAUGCAGACACAAACAGUCCCUUAGACUUCAUCCGCCAGAGUGCAGUAAACUGGACAGAGAAUUUGCCCUGUGGAUUGUGGGACUGCAACUGUGAAUUCAGGCAGACUAAAGGCUGCUGCUGUGUCAGCUCAGCACUCAUGCAGCUAGAGGAGGCCACCAUGCUGAGUAUGCUGAGCAUAUCGGAGGACUUGCACAAUCUCAACCAGCAUAUUGAUGCAAUCGCAGGUGGACGUAACGUUGCAUUUACUGCAUCACUGACAUCAACACCUGGUUGUUUUGGGCCCUUCAAUAAGAAUGUGCCCAUUCCUUACCAGAACAUCACACUGAACCAAGGACACGGAUAUAAUUCAGCACUGGGUGCCUUCACGGUGCCCCGCGCUGGCCUUUACUCCUUCAGCUACAGCACCUACUCCAACAUGGGUGUGGCAGGAGAGCACAUCUACCAAAAGACACAGCUGGUGAGGGACGGCCAGGUGGUGUCCUCAUCCUGGGAGGACAAUCGCGAGGACUCUGAGGACAGCGCCACACAUACCAUGCUGCUGAAGCUGCAUCCCGGCAACCAGGUGUACGUCGAGCUGGUUCUAGGGAGGUUUCUGUGUGGUGACACACAGGGAUUCAACUCCUUCAGCGGAUACCUGGUCUACCCAAUGCAGGACGUUUAAGACGGGAGGUUGGUAG